AAAUAAAAUAAAAACGGAGUGGCAUUUACGCCAAAUUACGUGUCUAUCAAUGUCAAACGGCACCACCUUCUUCUGAAAUUCGUGCUAAGCUUUAUUUUGUACUACUGUAAUACUUCCGUCUCGCAUUUAUUGAAAUUCCAAACGCCUAAAAAAACCAAAAAUGCUGACUGUAGGAGGACGUGUGGCAUUCAUGAAGUAAUACUUGGAAUUCUAAAACAGCACCCAGAAUCAGAAACCAACGUCUUGCAUGGCUUUGCAGAAUUCUUGAAUUUUCAAUACUCACAAUUCUUUAUUCUACAGUCAUUGUUUCAAUAUUACUAUUCAAAUUCUUGAUAUUCAUAGUUCAUAGAUUGUAGAGAAAAGAAGAAAAAAGAAGAAGUGGCAGAGGGAAACUCAGCUGUAAGUAGCUUUUGCAUGCUAGAGUGGUUCAAUUCAAGUGAUUGGCAAAGAGAUGAAUUUGGCUAUGGUCUUUGGGAUAAUAUUACUAGCAGGGGCUUUUAGAUGAACAUUGCAUUGGCUAGUGAUUUAAUCAAAAGAUAGAAAUUAUGGGUUCUGAGUUCCAUCUAUUUCUGUGCCGGGCUGAGACCAGGAGAGUAUUAUGGCUAAUGGGAAGUGUGUUUGCAUUUGUCAUACUUGUUCAAUACUUAGAACUUCCAUAUGGAACUCUUAUAGGAUCCCUAUUUUCUGGUUUAAAUUCCAAUAGAAUGAACAAUAAUAAUACACACCUCAAUGUUACCGCGGGAUUUGAUGGGAAAAUCAAGAUAAACGACUACAAUUUUUCGAUUGAGUCAAAGACGAGUGGUAAUCCUGAAAAUACAGCUUUAGUUCAGCAGUCCACACAGCCGAAUGAUAGAUCUGGAGUGGAAUUGCUUAAAUCAAACGGGACGUUGGCACCAGAUACGGCUAAGAAAGUUGGCUACAUAUUCAAUGGUAACAAUGAAAAUGUAGCCCCGAUGUUAGAAGAUCAACGCAAAGAUGAUAUUGUCCCUCUAGCCUGGAACGUUGCAUCAUUGCCAAUGAUUUCACCACUGAGACAAUUUAAUGAUAAUUUGACCACUCGGGUUAGUUCUCAUAAUCGCCAUGGUGCCACAACUACUCGGAAUGAUGAAGUAGCUGGGCUUGUCCCUUUAAACUCGAAUGCUGCAUUACGGCCGAUGAAUUCACCAGCACCCUCUGUUUCACUUAGACAUGUUGGUGAUAAUUCGACUGCUGUGGCUAGUUCUCAUAAUCCCUAUAGUGUCACCACUACUCCAAAUGAAGCUACCCGGGUAUCAAGAAAUGGAUCCACUAUGACCAACUCCCCGGUUGUGAAGGAAGCUACAGAUAGGCCAGAGAAAGGAGUAGUGUCAAUAUCUGAAAUGACUAAAAUGAUGCUCCGGAGUCAUCCCUCGAGCCUUCUAACGAAGCCAAUGUGGUCUUCAGCCAGUGAUGAAGGAUUGCGGAGUGCAAAAUCACAGAUUGAAUGUGCAGCCAACAUUAUAGUUGAUCCAGGACUACAUGCACCAGUUUAUCUCAAUGUUUCAAAAUUUAAGAGGAGCUAUGAGUUAAUGGAACGGAAUCUUAAGGUUUACAUAUACAGGGAGGGAAAGAGACCAGUAUUCCAUCAACCAAGGCUCAAGGGCAUCUAUGCUUCAGAAGGUUGGUUUAUGAAGCAGUUAAAAGCAAGCCAACACUUCCUCACCAAUGAUCCAAAUAAAGCACACCUAUUUUACUUGCCUUUUAGUUCUCAAAUUUUGGGAGAAGUUGUUUAUGUGCCUGGUUCUCACAGCUUCACAAACUUAAAAGCAUAUUUGAAGAACUAUGUUGAUUUGAUCAAGGGAAGAUAUCCAUUCUGGAAUAGAACGCAAGGAGCUGACCAUUUUCUUAUUGCUUGCCACGACUGGGCCCCAGAAGAAACUAGGCAUGAGAUGGCAAAUUGUAUAAAGUCUUUUUGCAAUGCUGAUUUAAAAGAAGGAUUCAAGUUAGGAAAGGAUGCUUCUCUACCGGAAACAAAUAUUGGCUCAGCUGAUCCCUCGAGAAGCCUUGGAGGCAAACGUCCUAGCCAACGAGAAUUUCUUGCUUUCUUCGCAGGCAGUAUGCAUGGGUACGUCCGUCCAAUUCUUUUAAAGUACUGGCAAAACAAAGAUCCAAACAUGAAAAUCUUUGGGCAGAUGCGCAAGACUGACUACAUCCAGCACAUGAAGAGCAGUAGAUACUGCAUUUGUGCAAGAGGUUAUGAAGUCAACAGUCCACGAGUCGUGGAGGCUAUUUCAUAUGAGUGCGUUCCCGUGAUCAUAUCUGACAACUUCGUACCACCAUUUUUGGAGACAUUGAACUGGGAGUCCUUUGCUGUUUUCGUCCAGGAGAAGGACAUUCCUAAUCUAAAGUCUAUACUCGAAUCGAUCCCACUAAGAAGAUAUCUGAAACUGUUUAACAAUGUGAAGAAGGUACAACAACAUUUCCUUUGGCAUUCUGAACCUGUAAAGUAUGACAUUUUCCACAUGAUACUUCAUUCUAUUUGGUACAAUAGAGUUUUCCAGAUUGCAUACUAGUUUUUCUUUUGAUCAUCUUGUGGCUUUGGAAAGGAAAGCAGAGUACAUAAAUCUAAGCACCUUAUUUCGAUUGAUUGCUAUUGCUAUUAGAGUUUUUUGUAACAUUGAGUUAUGUGGGUAUUAUAAUGUUUGCGCGA